CAAAACGAUAGCCACUGUUUUUCUUCAGCCGAUUAGCCUAACCCUCCUAUUUCGAUGCCUGCUCUUCUCCAGCCGGAUGCGAACUCCAAUUUCAAGAUUUCUUCUUCUUCUAGAGUCCACACUUAACAUUCAAAUCGGCGAUCUUUGCUGCAAUUGUAGAGAUCGUCAAGCUCCGUCUGCCUCUCUUAGCCGUCAGGCGCAAUGGAAGAGCAAACCGCCCCAGCUGUUCGAAGCCAUCAAUGCCCCGGACCCGAGGCCUGAGAUUAGAUGGAAACUUCGCCAAAUCGAUCUUUUGUCACUGGAUAAGAGAAUUAACCGUGGCUGAGAGCUUCCUUCUUCCACUACAUCGAGAAAAUAAUGAUGAGCAGCAAUGAAUGACAAACUACACCAUUGCUUUGGACUGAAUCCUUUCAUCUCUUCUUUGUUUUAAUAUAAUGAUGACCACCGUGCCACAGUAUUAAUAGCAGAUUCAAAUCUACCAAAACUAAUACACUUCAUCACUUUUUAAAAAGUCGCGUGCAUACCUAACUUAAAAUGAAAUUAAUUUAUCUUCUCUAGGUUCAUGCAUUCCAUUUACACAAGCAUAUGUUCUUCUAUUUUUUAUUCUAUUUUUUGUAUAGGUUCUGCAUAUUUUUUAUUCUGUUUUUGCAUAUUCUACUUUUUACACAAACAUCCAAUCAUUAUUUUUUGUAGGUGGGUUGGGCUAGGUGUUUUUGCGGAGUUUGGAGGUGGGGGUAGGAAUAACUUAGAAAAGCCUAAUUUAAAAAAAAUAACCGCGCCCGACCCGAUCCUGGGCACGUCCCAAUGAAUCCCGGGCCGGUAUCGGGCCUUAACCCCAAAAAUCCAGUACUGCCCAAGACGGGCCUGGAGCCCGGCUUGACCCAGUCCAUCCCUACCUGUGGGUAGAAUAAUCUCCAGAACUGCACCAGAUCCAUGCCUUGAACCAAAUCGAACAAGACUUCCCAUUUGGAGACCACAUUUCCAGACCAGAACCGGGACAGUGUCUACCCCUAUGGCCAUAUCCCUACCUCUUUCUGUAGUCAAAUCUUUCCUUUUAUGAAGAUGUGUGUUAUCACAAACCCAACUCACAUAGUUGUAAUAUGUCACUAUAAAACACACUGUAUCUAACUGCAUUCAUAUUGGAUUUGAAAAUGCAGUAACAACCAAUUGACACACAGGAUAAAAGAUGUUGACAUAGCCUUUUUGCAUGUACAAAGAUUUGUCAUGAGUUUCUACAAGUUUUGAAAGAACUCGAUCAGGCACAAAACAUUGAACAAUCCAAUGAACACAUCCGAAGGCUAAAAUGCUACCUUGUGAUAUGAUUUGAGAACGACUCAUUUCAGCAGUAUAAUUGCAUGGACACAAAAACCUAUGAAUGUCUCUUUUCAAGAGCAGCUGGACUCUUAUGGUUGGCGCGUGGCACAAGAUAAGGCAAGUAGAAUCUUUGUAAGAAAACAGCUACGCAGGAAGAUGAAAAUCAAAUUAUGCUCCAGAAUUGGAACCAAGACAUUGAAAACGUGUUUGUGGCACCUUAAAGUUGUUUUCAGCAGAUAAGAGUGUUUGGAAGUAUAAUGACGAGAGUUUCUCCACUGCCUCCCAGGAGUAUGCUUUUUCAACGCAUGACGUCAUUAUGAAACCAUAGCCCUUAUCACCCCAACUAGUACCCCAAUUGUUAAGUAUCUCAAAACACUAACGCCGUUUAUUAAUCGAAACCCGGUUAGUACGCAAGCGUGCCAUUCAUUUUUGUAAGAUAAACCUUAUUUUUUCCUUUUUUACGUAACGCAACUUUCGUAUAAGGAACUUCCGGUGUUAGAAAACUAUUCUUUGGCAAAUAGUUAAAACCAGUUCUUAUUUUGAAAGACACAAUGAACGGAUCGCUUGUUUUGAGCUCUUUCUUGAGUUUCUCUAUAUAAAUUCUUGAAGAGGUACUGUCACGCCUAAUGACCUUGGAUCCCACAGCAGUAACCAAUCUUACUUUAGAUUUCUUUAAACCAUUUUCAAACUUAGUAAACCUUUCAAUCUUAUAGCAAUUUUCAGUCCCCUUUCCCCCCUUACAGGAGUAGUUUUCUCAAAAACUACACUAUGGUUUUUGAGGAACGUCUCAAUACGCUUGUUAUGCA